AUGCCAGCGGACCAAAAGAUUGCCAUCGUCUCCGUCUACGACAAGACCGGCCUGCUGGACCUGGCCAAGGGCUUGGACCAGCAAAAUGUCCGCAUCCUGGCCUCUGGAGGCACCGCUCGCAUGAUUCGCGACUCGGGCUUCCCCGUCGAGGACAUCAGCGCCAUCACAAAGGCCCCCGAGAUGCUCGCCGGCCGCGUCAAGACGCUCCACCCCGCCGUCCACGCCGGCAUCCUCGCCCGCAACCUCGAGUCGGACGAAAAGGACCUUGCCGACCAGAACAUCAACAAGGUCGACUACGUCAUCUGCAAUCUCUACCCCUUCAAGGACACCGUCGCAAAGAUCAACGUCAGCAUCCCCGAGGCCGUCGAGGAAAUCGACAUUGGCGGCGUCACCCUCAUCCGCGCCGCCGCCAAGAACCACAAGCGCGUCACCAUCCUCAGCGACCCCCACGACUAUGCCGGCUUCCUCAAGGAGCUCGAGCAGGGCGAGAUCACCGAGACGAGUCGCAACCGAUAUGCCCUCAAGGCCUUUGAGCACACGGCCGACUACGACACCGCCAUCUCCGACUUCUUCCGCAAGGAGUAUGCCGCGGACCAGUACCUGGCCCUCCGCUACGGCGCAAACCCCCACCAGAAGCCCGCCGCCGCCUUCACGAACAUCGACAAGCUGCCCUUCAAGGUCCUCUGCGGCUCCCCCGGCUACAUCAACCUCCUCGACUGCCUCAACGCCUGGCCGCUCGUCAAGGAGCUCAAGCAGGCCCUGGGCAAGCCCGCCGCCGCCAGCUUCAAGCACGUCUCGCCCGCCGGCGCUGCCAUUGGCCUCCCCCUGACCCCCGAGGAGCGCCAGGUCUACUUUGUCAGCGACAUUGACGGCAUCGACUCGUCCCCACUGGCCCAGGCCUACGCCCGCGCCCGCGGCGCCGACCGUAUGAGCAGCUUUGGCGACAUCAUCGCCCUCAGCGACAUCGUCGACGUCCCUACCGCCUCCAUCAUCUCCAAGGAGGUGUCGGACGGCGUCAUCGCCCCGGGAUACGAGGAUGCCGCCCUGGAGAUGCUCAGGAAGAAAAAGGGCGGCAAGUACCUCGUCCUCCAGAUGGACCCCGAGUACUCCCCCGGGCCCACCGAGACGCGCACCGUCUACGGCAUCAAUCUGCAGCAGCACCGAAACGACGUCGAAAUCUCUCCAAGGUCGUUUGGCACAAUCAUCGCCCCCAAGGACUCGGGCGCCCUACCCGAGGCGGCCGCCCGCGACCUCACCGUCGCCACAAUCACCCUCAAGUACACCCAGAGCAACUCGGUCUGCUACGCCGUCAACGGCCAGGUCGUCGGUCUGGGCGCCGGCCAGCAGUCGCGCAUCCAUUGCACCCGCCUGGCCGGCGACAAGGCCGACAACUGGUGGAUGCGCUUCCACGAGCGCGUCCUCAACAUCAAGUGGAAAAAGGGCACCAAGCGCCCCGACAAGAGCAACGCCAUUGACCUGCUCGUCAGCGGCCAGCUGCCCCAGGACGGGCCCGAGCGGGAAGCCUUUGACGCCGUCUUCGAAGAGGUGCCUCCCGCCUUCACCGCCGAGGAGCGCCAGAGCUGGAUGAAGCAGCUCAAGGACGUGUGCGUCUCCAGCGACGCCUUUUUCCCCUUUACAGACAACGUCUUCCGGAUGGCCCGCUCCGGCGUCCGGUACAUUGCCGCGCCCGGCGGCAGCCAAAACGACGGCGCCGUCUUGGAGACAGCCGAGAAACUGGGCAUUACCUUUGUCGAGCAAAACAUCCGGCUCUUCCACCACUAA